GAACAUCUGGGGCGGCGGCGGCGCAUCCCCCGGCGGCCGCAGCUGGAGGGUCCCGCGGCCGCGGGGCUCGCCCGGGCCGGCAGAGAAAGCGCUCGGAGGGGGCGAGGGAAGGCGGAGGAAGAGGCUGCGAGGGAGCGGGGCGGCGCAGGUAUCGCCCAGCAGAAAACCAUGGGCAAUUUCAAAGGGCAUGCCCUCCCUGGAAGCUUUUUCCUUCUUUUUGGCUUGUGGUGGUCAGUGAAGUAUCCACUGAAGUACGCCUGUCGAAAAAACAAGAACGCUUGCUACCUUGGUUCCAGGGCAGGAUUUCAGCGCCUGGAGUUUGUUGAGGGGAUCAUCAAAGCUGUCUUUGCCCUGAUUGGAAUGGUGGCCGAGCAGUUUGUUCCCGAUGGACCUCAUCUGAAGUUGUAUAAUUAUGAGGAAAAGCACUGGGAUCACUUGAUGAACUGGCAACAUGCCACCAUGUACCUCUUCUAUGGCAUUUCAGGGUUGGUUGACAUCGUGGCUCACGGGACCAACACACUGCCAGUGGCCAUGGACAGGAUGAUGCUUUCCUUAGCGGUGUUCAUUGAAGGUUUUCUGUUUUGCUACCAUCUUCAUGGGAGAGCCAUGCUGGAUGUUCAUGUUCAUCAGUUAUUGCUAUUUGCUAUCUUUGGAGCUGCUGUUUGCAUAUUUCUGGAAGUUUUCUUCCGUGGCAGUAUUGUGCUAGAGAUGCUCCGUACAAGCCUCUGUAUAUUACAAGGCAGCUGGUUCUGGCAGAUUGGUUUUGUGCUUUAUCCUCCAAAUGGGAGCCCAGAGUGGAAUCAGACGGAUCACACUAAUAUGAUGUUCCUGACCAUGUGCUAUUGCUGGCAUUACGCCUUUGCUUUUCUUAUACUUGCAGUGAAUUACACAAUCGUCAGCUGGGCAGUUCGUUCAAAGGUUAAACAGUCCCAGUCCAUGGAAAUGGGAUUACUGAAAACAUCUGAACGAGAUCAGGAGUCAGAAGAUGAAAUUUAGUAUGAAUAUGGCUUGACUAGUUUACCUGCUCUAUCAUUAGGCUAACUGAUACCUCAUUUCUAGAUUUGUUUGCCAUCUUAUUCAUUCUUUACUACAACAUGCUAUGCAAAUAUCAUCCCCUGAGUACUGUCUACAUCUACACAGUUACAUCUUUAUUUGCAGAGGGUAAGCUUGGUAUCAAUCUGUGGUGCUUGCACUAGUACCUUGCUUAUCACAUGAUUUAAAGAAAACCAGACUAAUAUUAGACAGACUUGGACUGGAUGAAGUACUGUGAUGAAGUCUGUGUGUUUGCCUCAUUAAAAGCUAAGUAAAAUGUUUUCCAGCUGCUGCUGAAUGGGCCUAAUCCAUAAUUAGGGUGUCCAAAUAAGCAUGUUUGUUGCCCUGCAAAUAACUGCAUAAAUAACUGUGCAGACCUGGAAAACAGUAGAACAAGAUAAAACAAUCAGAGUCUUACAGCUGUCUGGUAUAACACCUUUGUGUCUCUGCUUGUGGCUUUACACUAAACGGAAAGAGCUACUCACUGCAAACCCAUUCAGCAUUUCCUUGAAGAGUGUAGUGUGUUCACUCUCGCAGAGACACUACCAAGCUUUGUAGGAGGACCAAAGAGGUGUACAAUGAUCAAAAGCCACUGCAGUUAUUCAUUCUCGUGCCUAGAUAGUCCUGCCUCUUUGCUAUAUUUGACUUUGAAAGACAGUGAAGUGACUCUGCUUUCCUUCAGCACAUGGAACAACUUCUUCUCCAGAAAGGCCGAGGGGUGUCCAGUGGGGCAGCACCCGGCCGCAAAGCCACUUUCUUUCCCAAAGUUAUUUCCUUUCCUUCAGUGGAAUUUGGUGGAAUUUCAGCAGGCUUUGUAGCAGACACGCGAGUGGACCCAGCAGCUGGGUCAGGAGCGGGUAAUGCUGAUCUGAGGGCAGAACGAGAUGGAUUUGCAUUCUUUUCUCUGUGUUGCCCCCACGAGCACCAGACAGCCUGCACAGUGCUACAUGGUGAGCUGUAGGAGGGCAGAUGUUGCCUUCAUAGUAGCUCCAAGCCCAGCUACCGACAGCAGUGAGUGACUUAAAAAAAUAUAUGUAUUUUUUAAUUGUAUUUAUUUUCUCCACUAAAAGUGAAGUCUUGAUCCAGUGAAAAACAGAGUGCCCUCCCCAGCACUCAGUGUUGCUUAGGAUGUGCUCCAACCUCAGUGAAAGGGAAAUAAUUGAUACGUGGCAAAAGACAUCAGAAAAUGAUGUUGUAUAUAAGCAUGCUGCCCCUACGGGGUGGACUUUUGAAGCAUCAUUCUGUCUCUAAUACAUCUUUCGAAAGACUUGCACAGGCAGCUGGGCAGGAGGGAGCACUUGCUGUGCCACAGCAUGUAUGCUCUGCUUUCCAGAGGACUGAGCACGGGAUGCAUGCUGGUGGCCGUGGGCCAUCUUACAUAUCUGUCAGUGAUCCUUAUGGUGAUCAUUCUGGAAAACAGCCCUUAACUUCAGAACACCUUCUCAAAAUAUUAUUUUCUAAUUAUUUUCAGAAACAGGCUAGUGCAGGACAACAAAUUCUGUUCAAACAGUACCAGUGCAUCAGGUUUGGUGCUGCAGAAAUGUGUUCCUUCUAUUAUUCAAAUAUUUUCAGAUGCUGCUAAGGGAAUGCAGAGCUGGACUCUGGUAGAUGAAUGAGAGCUGUAGGAUCUGGACCCUCUACUUUUGAGUUUCCCCUAUAUUUUUUUCGUGUGAACCAGAAAAAUGAGUAGCAUAAAAUUAUUAAUUGCAGUAAGCUGAUUGCUUAAAAAGAUAGGCAAUAAAAUAGUUUGUAGUUCAAAGGGAUCCCAGGACUCGGAAAAAAAUUAAAGGCUUUUUCUAAAGCUAUUUCACCUUCAAUGCAACAUGCACAUUCACUUCAAUUUUAGGACUCAACUUUUACCUUCUUUUUCUCGAGGAGCACCUUCCUUAGCUGCACAUGCUGUUAACACUGAAUUUUAGACCACCAGGCUUAUCUAUGCCUUUCCAAAACCAGUGAGAUUAUUUAUUCUGAAGGAGAUCUUCAGCAAGUAAUUUGCUUCUCAUAGGCAAGAACAAUGCAAGUUUCUUCACUGCUUUUCUUGGUAAAUUAUAUUUAAUACUGUACAAAUAUUAAGGUGCUGUAUCUCUAAACUAAAGGGAUAACCUAAGCAGGAAGAAAAGCACGAUAAACCGGCUGAGCUUUGAUAUGUCUUCUUAGAAGGCUUCACUUGGUAAUUUUUUUAAAAUUAUUUUAGAUCUUUGCCAAGUAUCAUGAAGUGACACUUGUAACCAGGCGUCAGAUUAUCCAGAUGAAUCUGCUUUGGAAAGCAAGAAUAGCUGGCUCACAGACAUUUCUAUGUUUAGAAAUGUAAAACAGGAAAAUGCAGGUGCAUAGUCAAAGAUCACUACUUUUCUUAAUAACUGUUUGCCCUUCUUCAAUGCCUUUCUCUGAAGAGCCUUGGAGAUUUUGGCAAACUUAAUGAAGUCUGUCUCAGGACAUUCUUGUAAACUAGGUAUCGGUAUGGCAUUUUUGUAGCUCCGUGUCUCAGCUUUGCAGUGGUCUCACUGUAAACUUUGAAUUAAUUGAUAUUUACUCUGCUCUGCAAAUCUAAGACUUGAGCUUCAGUACUGUGGUUCCAUUAAAAUCAGAUUUUCUGUUGGCAUAAGCCAGAAGGAAGAUCCACGGCUUUGCUGAGGAGCUUGCCUGUUAACUGCAGAGGGGAUACAUUGGCCAAAUGCAGCGUGUCAUCACACCGAGCUGUAAUCUUGCCUUCAUUGUGUCACAUCACUCUUGUCUUUAAAUUGUUGGGAUUUUUUUGAAAGGACAGAAUUUUUUUCCUGUUAGCAUAGUUGGGGUACAAAGCUUUUGCAGUGCUGGGCAGUGAAGACGAUGGUUAUGUAUCAAAGAGAACUUGGGGAUUAUUACAAAAGUCGCAAUAAGCCAAAAUCAGCUGGCAACGUGAGCCUCAUGGGAUUCAAUAACCUGAAUGAGCUGCGAACAUGGAGGGGGCUUAGCAAACUCUCCUUUUGAAAAAACUGCUUUUUCAGAAACAAAAAGUGCCAGUACUCGAACGCGAUGGCCAGAAGAGUGGCUGCCUGCUGCAGUUCCUCCUCUGAGUGCCUCAGCCUGGUGGCCCUGGCUCUGUCCUUACCUGCUCCCAGGCCUCAGCCCAGCACUGGCUGCAGGUCUGCGCAUUUUCUUGGGAGAAAACGUGAGCAGGACUCAGCCUGCUGAGAGGUAUCACCUGUAUCUCCCUCUGCCUCGCUGCUGUGAACCUCCCGUAAACGAUCAGAGAACUGGACGAAUAAGCCCAUCAGACACAUCUGCUGGGUUUGGUGCAACCAUGCUUAGCAAAGAUGCCUUUAAAGAAGCUCAACCUAGAGGCUAAUGCAGUCUGUGACACAGAACUGUACGGCAGGCUUCUUACAAAAACUCUCUUUGCCUAAGAGAACGUGUCAUUGCAUUAUUGGGCUUGAAGAAAUGCAAGGAAAAACAGAUCCUGAGUAGUCUCUUGGAUUUAAUUUUUAAUACUUACAGUACCCAUGGAUUGAGUGUCACAGUGCGGUUUUGUCCUGAUGUAUUUUUGGUGCCACAAAGGAAAGAAACACCCCUUUUCAGGGUGGGUUUUUGCUAUGUAGAACACCUGACUCAUUCUUCUCAAGCAUUGUUCAAAAGAGAUGCCCAGGAACAGUAAGGUAGCUAUUAUGACAGAAAAGGUACAACCUUCAGCAUUUCACAGAUUUUGCUUGAGUUGAAUGAGUGGAGGGAAGUCUGACAAGUUUACAGAUGCCACUCAGAAAAAGGUAGCUGCUCUCAAGAAAAUUUAAGUUAUUGUUAAAUAUCGGUGCCUUGGAAAAACUAUGAUAGUUUAUUAUAGACAAGAUAUGCCUGUAAUUUUAUUUAAAUAAAAUUGAUUUAUUCAUAUAA